GGUUAAUAAAAAAUGUAAUUUGUAGUUUAUUAAUAAUAAUUAAAGAGGCGUAAAAACUUGUUGAAAUCGUUAAUUAAAAGAAAAGUUGGAACAUGAAAAGUGCGCUUUUACUCGCGUUUGUUACUUUGGUUGUUUUCUGUAGUGGUUUAACAGCCCCUGCUUGUGUUUGUGAUAGAAGAGAGUGUGAAAUUGUCAACGAAGUGGAUUGUCCCGGUCAGGGAAUUGUCGUUUGGGAUCCAUGCAAAUGUUGUCAAGAGUGUGCAAAAACUGAAGGAGAACCGUGUGGAGGCGAACUUGGUUUUAGCGGAACUUGCGAACCAGGUUUGUCCUGUCAGCAACCGGGCAGAACCCCUGCUGAAGGCACGUGCAGACCCAUCGGUCUUGAUGGCGACGGAGACACGUGAAACCCGUCCAAAUCUUACCAGGCACAGUACUGGUGGAGGCAUCGGGUUCGGCCUUUGCAGUGGACUUUCCGUUCGGUGCCGUACAAGAGAAUGGGAAAACUUUUUCCAUGGGAUCAGAUCAUAUCUCUCUGCGAGGGUCGAUUGGUAAGGAAAUGGAUUUGAUCCGAGUAAACGGGCCCAAAAACACAACCUCUGUUCGCCGCCGUAUUUCUUUCAUUGGUGUUUCGUCUACGCCGACAAUAACUUCCGCUGCAUGCUGCUCUUUCUUUUACGGACAAUAAUUAGGCGAGAAUCAGAUUCCGGGGGAAGAUCUAUUCCAUCAUUUGUAUCCGAUUCAAAUUGGAUAAGAUUGAAAUUGCUGUUUGUACAUAUCUUGCUUAAAAUACAAAAAAAAUUAAAACGAUAAACAGAAUUUUGCUACUUCUUACCGAUCACCUAAUUUACAACAGAGAUAAGUGCGUGUAUAUAUGUAUAUUGUAAUGUAAGUAAAAAAGCAAUUGGUGGUGUGUAUUGUAUUUUAUAUUUAUAUUUGUACAUAAUUGUAAUGGAUAUGGAAUAAAGUGAUACUAUAUAUAUUAAA